CAAACCUUUUCGCUUUCGUCUAGCUGUCACUGUGUCAGUUCAAUACUUGGUAAUGUACUUCCUCCGGAGUGGAAACUUCUCGCUUAUUGGUGUAACGACCGUUAUUAAGCCAUUUCUGCCGCGACAUAAUCCAUGUGCCACUACUCAUUUGUUUUGAUGUAAUGUUUUGAUGUUUGUUUACCUUUUCCGUGCUCUUCCGCUAAGAGCUUCUCCUCGUGUUUGACAGCGGAGCGCCAGAGUCAAGAGGUAGCUAGCGAUACUCUUUGACGCUGAAGUUCUCGUACAGGUAAUGCUAUCACUGAAUUUUGAUCUCCAGCCUGCAGUUCCUUCAAAUCUGAGUUUAUGAUCUUCUCAAGAACAUAGUGCCCCCUUCUGUGCAGGAGAGAUGUUUGACUGGGAAAGGAUGCAUUCCAUUCAUGAAGUAUAACCAAGGAACAGGGUUUGGGACCAUUAAACAGGUGCUAAACAGAUGAUUUUUAGGUCAGUCCAGUGAACAAGACAGAUUUUUUCAAUCUCCACCAGCUAUGAACAGUGAUGACAAGAAUGCCACAGUGUCCCCAAGUGUGCCAUCUCCAUCAAGGAGCAUCAGUAGCAGCUCUUCGAAGCAAGGCAGUCGACAGGACAGCUGGGAGAUCGUGGAAGGCCUUCGAGGCAAUGGAAGUAAUAUCCAGGAGCCUCAGAAACAGGAAGGGUUUAUGUUGAAGAAAAGGAAGUGGCCUCUUAAAGGCUGGCAUAAGAGAUACUUCUUUUUGGACAGAGGCAUUUUAAAAUACGCCAAAUCUGAAGCUGAUAUUGAAAAGGGCAAGUUACAUGGCUGCAUUGAUGUUGGUUUAUCUGUAAUGGCUGUAAAGAAGAAAGCAAAAUGCAUAGAUCUGGAUACAGAAGACCAUUUAUACCACCUGAAGGUAAAAUCCCAGGAGCUCUUCGAUGAAUGGGUUUCGAAACUGCGGCACCACAGACUCUACCGUCAGAAUGAAAUUUCAAUGUUUCCUGUUGACAAGAGCAAUCAUUUUUCUCCGCACUUUCCACCAGCACCUUCUCCUAAUCCCUCAGAGUCCUCCUCAAUGAGAAAGAGAUCCAUUCUCACAAGGCAAACAUCUAUAAACAAUGGAGGUGCCUUCCCAGUGUCCUCUAGUAGUAGUCAAGCUAAGGUUGCAGCUUGGUUACAAUCCUCUGAAGACAUGGACAAGUGCGCCAAAGAGCUUUCUUUGUGCCAGACUUAUUUACUGGAACUCAGUCAACUUUUGCAAAACAUGGAAGUCCUUCACAGAACAUAUUCUGCACCUGCUAUCAAUGCCCUUCAGGCUGCAACAUUUGAAAGUCCCAAGAAAGAAAAAAGGAGUCAGAGAAGAUGGCGUGCCAAAAAUUAUGGAAAAGAUGGUAAAACUACAUUGCAGGUUCCCAGCUGUAUAUCCUCUGGCUCAAUAAGAUUACAUGCUUCUAAUCCAAAUCUUUCAACUGUAGAACAUGGCAAUGACAAGAGCUACUCGGAAAGCCCAGAUUCACCAACAGAUGCUUCCAAGCUUCAUGAGGAGUUCUGUCAUGUGGCCAACAACUUGUAUUCUGCCUUCAAAUCAGCAUUCAGUUUGAUGCGUACAGAAAAAGAAAAACUCAAGCAGAUGUUUGACUAUGAAGUUUGCCAGUCUCCUUCAGCACAGAUUAUUGGCAUGAAGAACACUUUGACAUCUAAGCAGGAUACCUCUGAUGCCACCAAGUCUUUAGUUCACCAGUUGUCAACAGAGAGUCGAGCAUCAGUUUCUGAGUCUCUUUCCGAGUUCUUCGAUGCUCAAGAAGUUCUUUUGUCUGCAAGUUCAUCAGAAAAUGAGGCUUCUGAAGAUGAGUCAUACAUAAGUGAUGUGAGCGACAAUAUUUCUGUGGACUGCUUAAGCAGUGAAAUUGAGACCCCAAGUACAGUUCAUAAUGGAGCCAUUCUAGAAUAUAGAAGGCGGUCAUGUUUGCCUUCACCUAGUCCGAACACCAGCAAUAUUAGCUUAUGGAACAUUUUGAGAAAUAAUAUUGGAAAGGACCUUUCUAAGGUUGCUAUGCCUGUACAGUUAAACGAGCCACUUAACACUCUUCAGCAUCUUUGUGAGGAACUUGAAUACAGUGAGUUGCUAGAUAAAGCUGCUGAGACACCUGAUCCUUUUGAGCGAAUGAUAUACAUUGCUACAUUUGCAAUAUCCGGAUAUGCAUCCAGUUAUUACCGUGCAGGAAGCAAACCAUUUAACCCCGUGCUUGGAGAAACCUAUGAAUGUGAAAGAAAAGACAAAGGUUUCAGGUUUAUAGCAGAGCAGGUUAGUCAUCACCCACCUAUAUCGGCUUGUCAUGCUGAAUCAAAACAUUUUGUGUUUUGGCAAGAUAUCAGAUGGAAAAAUAAGUUCUGGGGAAAAUCCAUGGAGAUUGUCCCUGUGGGCACUACACAUGUGACUCUACCAGAUUCUGGCGACCACUAUGAAUGGAAUAAGGUGACAUCCUGCAUACAUAAUAUUCUGAGUGGACAGAGGUGGAUUGAACACUAUGGAGAAAUUGCUAUCAAAAAUACAAACAACAAUUGCCAGUGUAAAGUGACAUUUGUGAAGGCUAAAUACUGGAAUUCAAGUGUCAAUGAGAUUGAAGGAACUGUAACAGAUUGUAAUGGUAAGGCAGUCCAUCAGCUGUUUGGAAAAUGGCAUGAAAGUAUAUACUGUGGAGUGCCACCUUCAUCCAAGUGCAUUUGGAGAGCAAAUCCAAUGCCUAGAGAUUUUGAACAGUACUAUGGAUUCACAAAGUUUGCUCUAGAAUUAAAUGAAAUGGAUGCAGCUAUGAAGCUUCUGCUGCCACCUACUGACACCAGAUACAGAAUUGACCAAAGGUUACUUGAGGAGGGGAAUACUGAUGCUGCUGAAGUGCAAAAACAAAGAAUUGAACAGCUCCAAAGAGACAGAAGAAAAGUUUUGGAAGAAAAUAGCAUGAUGCACCAACCAAAAUUUUUCAGAAAAUCAAGUGAAGACACUUGGGUUAGUAAUGGGACCUAUUGGAAUCUACGCAAAGACCCUGGCUUUGCUAAACUUGACAACCCAGUACUUUGGUAACACUGAACAGAAGACAACUACUGUAACAUGUAGCACUGUAACAUCACAAAUGACGAUAUUGUAACAUUACUAUAAAAUGGUAACAUAAUUUUUAUAGUUUUGUUUCUGGUUGUAUUUAAAUAGAAAUAUAAUGCCUUAAAAUUGAGUGCUUCUGGUAAAACUAUGUAUAAUUUCCUAUCUUUCAAAAAAUAUGUAGAUUUUGAAUGUAUAAAAAUAUGCAAAUUUGUUCUCUAUCCUUCUGUAUUGUGUACUCCAACAUUUUGAAUUUUGCACAUUUAGAUUAACUGUACCUCAGAGUACUCACUAUGCUUCCUUAAUUGUGUUUCACUUCUUUCUAUAAGCAGUAUAAAUGUGAGCUGCUUUUGGUGCAAUUUGCAAUAUUUUUUAAAAGGGUUAUUAUAUAAAAUUCUCUGUUAAUAUGUUUACUUCUACCUCUAAAAGAAAUGAGCAUAAAUGAAAUGGACAUCUUGCCAGCUGCCUUAUUUAUAGUAUCAUGUAUAUCAUCUUUGUUUUCUAUAAAGCUUAAGUUGGACUAUACCAGAAUUGUAAUACAUACUAUAAUAUAUGUGUGUGUAUCUGUUAUGUAUAAAAAUAUAUAUGUGUGUGUGUGUUUAUAUAUAUAUAUAAUAUAUAUAUAAAGUUCACAUAUUCUUAAGCAGUAGAUAGUUAAUUAAAAUGUCACAUGUCAUAUCUUUAAAAUUUAAAAAUUCAAUAGAGUCAUCUGAUAAUUUAAAUAAAUCUUGAAUUCCUGAAUUUAAUUUUAUGGGAUUUUUCUGUUAGGACCAGUAACUAAAUGCAGACUAUUUCUUUUAUUCUAUGUAAUAAACUUUUUUUACAAUGGAAAUACUUUCAUUUUGAGAAAAUGUUUAUCACAUUUAGUUUUAAAGUUAUUAAGGUGAACUAAAACAUCAAGAAAAAAGUCAACAAUGUGACAUUUGCUCAUGUUGCAUUUAAAUAAUUAAAUGCUUAGGUUGAAAGCAUUGUUCUUUCUUUCAGCAGCUUAGGGCACAGUGAACGGUAAUUUCAAAGAUUUGUACUAUUAUUUCUUGUUUGCCUAAAUUCUAAAAAAUGCUUGUUGUGU